GUCUCGUCCAGGUGUGACAUUCUUGGAGCUUCUCACUCGACCUGGACCGAGAAGAUGACGGACCCCACACCGCCAGACUCCUCCACCGUCCCGGACCCGGCUGUGGUGAACGGGCAGACGGACUCUGAGCAGCAGGAACAGCAGCAGCAGAAUACAGAAAGUCAGGGAGAGGGUUUAAAGAUGGACCAGGAGAUGAAGAUAACAGACAGCACAGACGAUGGAGGUCUCCUGGAAAGCAGCAUGCGCCUGAAGCCUCACGAAGCGCAGAACUACCGCAAGAAAGCUCUGUGGGUGUCCUGGAUCUCCAUAGGGAUCACCAUCAUCCUGGCCAUCGUCGCUUUCACUGUCUCCAUCAUGCGCCACAGUGCUUCAGCGUUUGGAUUUGCCUUCGAUGCCACGCUGGACGUGUUGUCCUCGGUCAUCGUGCUGUGGCGGUACAGCAACGCCGCAGCCGUCCACUCGGCACACCGCGAGUACAUAGCCUGUGUCAUCCUGGGCGUGAUUUUCAUCCUGUCCUCCUUGUGCAUUCUGGGUAAGGCCAUCCACGACCUGGCCACCAAACUGCUACCCGAAGUGGAUGACUUCCUGUUCAGUGUGUCCAUCGUCAGCGGGUUGGUGUGCAUCACCCUGGCUGUGAUCAAGUUCAUGCUCGGUAGAGUGCUCACAAGCCGGGCCCUCAUCACUGAUGGAUUCAACUCAAUGGUGGGGGGAGUCAUGGGGUUCUCCAUUCUCAUCAGUGCUGAAGUGUUCAAGCAUGAACCCCAGGUGUGGUACCUGGAUGGGACAACAGGCGUCCUCAUAGGUCUUAUCAUCCUUGCCUAUGGGGUCAAGCUGCUGGUCGACAUGGUCCCACGGGUCCGACAGACCAGGAACUACGAGCGUUUUGAGUGACGGACCGCGGAGGGAAAGAAAGAGGAGGAAGAGGAGGGUUCGGGAGAGAUGGAAGGGGGUGACUGACCGACUGACAGGAGGGGGGGUUCCAGCCCCCUCACUCUCUCCACAGACAAUCACAUUCAGUCCUCUGUAUGCCAGCGGAGGCUUCACUGUCUAUACAGUUCUCUCAUUCAUUCAACCUGAGGACGAUGAC